GUCGGAUGGCAUUGCUUUGUUUACAACGGUACCAUGAGAGCAGUCUGUGCCGAGGACCGCGGGACGAAACACCUGGCCUUAUGGGGAGAUCUAAAAAGAAAAUUAAAGCGGAUCAGAUCAACGUUUUGAGGAAGCAGUAUGACGCUUUUUUGGAGGAGGAUAAAAAACGCAAAGAGCGCAAUGAACACAUCUUGGAGAAGCUCGACAAUAUGCGCUUGUCUAACACCGUGGCACGAUACAAGCCAAAUGUCUAUCUAGACCAGAGAUUAACUUUUAAAUGCAUCGGAGAGGUGCCAAAUGACACACAUCCUCAUCCACAAACAGAUCAGCCAGCUAUGGUAAAUCCUCUGAAGAAGUUUAGAGAAACAGCACCAACUGAUCUCGGUCUACUCUCCAAGCCCAUGGACGAGACAUUGUUCCUAAAGGAAAUUAGUAAAAAAUACAUACUGAUUCCUAAGUUAACAUCCAUCGCUGGCGUAGAUUACAUUCCCAGAGCAAUAACACAGGAUAACAAUAACGACGGAGAUUGGAAGAGUAAAUAUAGCAUUUUAGAUAAACUUAAACAGAAUGAAAAAGAAGAGACGAAUAGCUUCUCUGUUUUGAAAGACAAUGGCAAAACUUUCUUAGAUGAUAUUCCAACCAAGGAUCUUAAAUACAGGUUCGAUGAUGAAGGAAGUUCUCCAAAAGAUGAUCAGAAAGAUGAAAUUGCAGACCGUGUUCGAGCUUGUCAAGAUAAAGAUGGAACUUUAAAUAUUACUACCGACAUUAAUAAGGAAAGUACAAUAAGAAAGCCUGCGGGAGCUCCAAAUUUAAACACUCAUUCUGUCGUAUUUAACACUGAUACAUAUAGUGGAGUAAAACAGCCAGACCAAAGUCCAGCAGGUGUUGAGACACCCACCCACCAAUAUGAUUAUCCUACACAAGAAGUUAGUGGAGCUCAGCUAGCUUCGCAAAAAACUGGAGGUCGACAUGAUUCAACAUACAAUGAUAAACAUGAAAAUGAAGAUAGCGAAAAGCUGUCUCCUGUUGUAAACGAUAUAAUGCAUGUAGAAGAAAUUGAUCCUAUUAAACCAGAAACGCAUGAAACUAAAAGUUAUCACUUGAACGCAGCUGAUUCCGAAAAACUGCAAUAUCCCAUUGACAUUAUAAAUGUUCAGGACUUUACGCCAGCAGAAGGCGUAAAAUUGGUAGAUGGAGUAAAUAUUAAUCCAGAGAGUAACGCCGCCGUACAACAGACAUAUUUGGCACCUAAUGACCAGAACGCAACUCAAGCAUCAGAACAUGCAUAUCAGCCAGCGGGUCACCAACCACAAGGUGAUGUUCAGCAAGGAUCUCAACCUACAAUCUCUUCUGAAGAAGUAUAUCUACCUGGGGUUAAUCAGCCAUCUGGCGAUGACCAUUACGUUUCUGAACCAACCGCAGCUGGUGAGCAAGUGUAUCUACCAGGGGAUCAGCAGCCGCCAAGUGGUGAUCAGUAUGUCUCUCAACCACUUGCAGCUGCCGCAGAACAGCAACAGCAUGUUACAGAGAAUACAGAACAGCAUCAACCAAAUACUUAUGAUCCAACGGGGGAGUUGGCAUCAGAAAUCCAAGCAUUUGAAGAUGAGCAGAACCAAAUGUUUUAUUCAGAACAGGCAAAUUACCAGGAUUACAAUCAAGAUUCAAAUAUAGUUGAUGGUUACAGUGCUGACACGAAUUACGAUCCCUUAGCCUUAUAUGGAAGUGUGCAACAGCAGGCUGCAUAUCCUGUAGAAAUUAACGAACAUGAAGAAACUUCACAACGGUAUGAUCCUUGCUACGAGGAACAGUAUGCGGCCCGGGAAGCAGACCAAAUGUAUACUGAACAACAGCAAUACAGCGAACAACAAUAUGCCGAACAACAAUAUAGCGAUCAGCAAUAUCCUGACCAACAACAGUAUAGCGAUAAGCAAUAUACUGAACAGCAGCAAUAUGAUGGACAACAAUAUGGUGAACAACAACAAUAUGCUGAACAGCAAGGUUAUACUGAUCAACAACAAGGUGAACCUAUCAUAGCAACUCUUCAGGAAUAUGACGAAGCAUAUACAUUACAAGAACAGACCAUGGAGCAAAUUGAACAACAACUCGAUGAGGAACUUAAUGUUCCAAGUCAAGGUUCUGUGGGGGAUAUUGUGGACGAAUCUACAAUGUACACUCAGAAUGAGGGAGUUGCAGCUGAACAACAUGUUGAAAACCUGAACCCACAACCUAUCACUCCUAAAGUAUAAAUUGUAUUUGCACAAUAUUUAUAAAUAAUGUAUUAGAUUAUUUAUAAUUUUAGAAUGAUCUAACAAUAGUAAAAUUGUUUUGUACAGUAUUAUUCCUGUCCAGUAAAAUAAUACCAAGUUCAGAGGCCCUACUGCAAAACGCUUCCCUUAUAUCUCAAAAUUGCAAAAUGGUAAAGAAACAAAUAACAAACUAAAAAAUGCAAAAAUUGAGCUUUUCCCAGUAGUCUUUCUUAACAUAGGUAUAUGUAUUUGUUUUAGCAGAUUUAUUUUGUUAAAUUAUCUGAG